UUAGCUUUAACCUGUAAUUCCGACUAUUGUUCGUAUUGAGCAGAGCCGAAAUACGGAAACAAUACCUUUGAUACAUUUACAACGUUGUAAAGGAAACGCGGAUAUAAAAUGACAUUCAUACCUAGCUGGGAGGAAUUUGAAAGGUCUGCGGAGAUGUUAUAUAUGCGGGACCCAAUAAACACACGAUACAGCAUGAAGUAUUCCCAUUCUAAGGGCGCAUUUCUUGUUAAAAUUACAGAUAACAAAAAGUGUCUGCAAUACAAAACAGAAGUUCAGCAAGAUGUCAGGAAAAUAGACAAGUUCAUUUCUAAUCUAAUGAGGCAUAUGGCAUCUAAUGAUAAAUAAUAA